AUGGGCGCAAACUUCUUCGGGCUCACGGGCAAUGCCCUGACCAUGCUCCAGCUUGCGCUGGUCGUGUGCCCGUCAUUCAUCCUCUUCGGAUACAACCAGGCAGGCCUUGGUGGUCUUCUCACCACCGAGGACUGGGUGAAGACCUUCCCCGAGAUCGACACCGUCAACACUGAGGGCGCUACCAAGAACAAGAACUCGACGCUUCAGGGCUUCGUCGUCGCCACCUUCACCAUCGGUGCCCUCAUCGGUUCCCUUUCUUGCUCCUGGUCCGGUAACAAGUUCGGUCGCCGCAACGUCAUCUUCUUCGCCGGUGUCUGCUCCCUCAUCGGCGAGGUCCUCGAGUGCUCCGCCUUCUCCCUCGCCCAGCUUAUCGUCGGUCGCGUCAUCGUCGGUCUGGCUAUCGGUCAGCUGUCCUCCAUCGUCCCCGUCUGGCAAUCAGAAACCUCCGGCGCCGCGAACCGUGGUCGCCAUGUCGUUCUUACCGGUCUCUUCACCUGCGUCGGCUACGUCCUCGAGAGCUGGAUCAACCUGGGUUUCUGGGAGUUCAAGACCGGCCCCGUCACCUGGCGCCCUCCCAUCGCCAUCGCCAUCCUCUUCUCCCUGAUCCUGAUGGGCAGCAUCUACUUCCUGCCUGAGUCCCCCCGUUGGUUGGUGAUGAAGCAGAAGUCCGAGCAGGCCCGUGGCAUUAUCGCCGCCCUCCGUGGUCUCGACGAGAACUCCAUCGAGGUUCAGGCCGAGCUUGCUGGCAUUGAGCACUCCCUCGAGGAGACCACCGCCAACGCCGCCAAGCUCACCGACAUGCUCAAGAUGGGUGACGACAAGCUCCUCUACCGCUUCGGUCUCUGCAUCCUCCUGCAGUUCUACCAGCAGAUGUCCGGCUCCAACUUGGUCUCCGUCUACGCUCCCAUCCUGUUCCAGCAGAACCUUGGCAUGAAGAGCGAGGCUUCCCGUGCUCUGGCCGGCGGUGCCCUCACCUGGAAGUUCAUCUCUUCCUUCGUCGCCUUCUUCACCAUUGACCGAUUCGGUCGCCGCGUCGUCUUCAUCCUCAGCGGUAUCGGCAUGGCUGCCUGCAUGAUGUCUCUGGCCAUCACCACUUCCUUCCCCAAGGACAACCAGGCUGCCCAGAUCGCCGCCGGAUGCUUCAUCUACCUGUUCAACACUUUCGUGCCUAUCGGCUUCUUGGGUGCCAACUUCCUCUACUGCACUGAGGUCGCCCCCAUCCGUCUCCGUAUGGCCAUGUCCUCCAUCUCCACCGCCAACCACUGGCUCUGGAACUUCAUUGUCGUCAUGAUCACCCCUGUUGCCCUCAACACCAUCGGCUGGCAAUACUACAUCAUCUACGCCGUCAUCUCCGCUUGCAUUCCCGUCAGCGUCUACUUCCUCUACCCUGAGACCAUGGGUCGCAACCUGGAGGAGAUCGACAUGCUCUUCCGCGAAUCUCCCUCCGUCUUCGCCACCGUGCGCUUCGCCAAGAACCGCCCGGUCGCCAUGCCCCAGGAGUUCGAUACCGAGAAGCCUGGUGACAAGGCGCAGUACGUUGAGCAGAAGCCUGAGGACUCCUCUGCCUAA